AUGCUCCCCCAAACGCUCCUCCUCGCCCUCAGCGCGCUCUUCACCGCGGCCGCCGCGGACACACCCCAGGACUUCACCGGCCUCGGCGAGAUCCGCACGCUCUACAUCUGGCCUGACCACCCGGACCUGGGCUGCCUGACCAGCGCCGGCCAGUGGACGACCAACGAGACCCUGUGCGGCUCCUUCACGACCCAGUGGACCAGCAACCUCACCUUCUACCUGUCGGCUACGGCGACGGGCUCCUGCGGCAUCGACGGGGCGACGUUUCGGUGCGGCGACCCGGACAUCUUUGGCACGCCCGGUGGCACUGGUGGCCCGAUCCCGGGCCACGACAUCUUGAGGUACGGCCAGUAUGGCAUCAUGGCCGCCGACGCGGAUGACGCCCCGCCUGCUCCGCAGGACCCGCCGCUGGAUAUUCACUUUUACACCGGUAGUGAAAAGGGCAAGUAUGUGUUCUUGGGAUGGAAGCAUCUUGAUGACGACGAGGACAAUCAGUGA